AUUCAAAAAAGAAUGCAAGAGUGAAUGUGCCAUUUACGCCAUUUGCGUGAAGAAACCCAGCUCAGAGUGAUUCUUUACUGUUUGUGUUUAUAGGACUUAUCCUUUUUAAUUUCUUCGUAUCUCGACAAACGAACAACGAUAAAAGUUUGCUUCUUUUUUUCUUUUUUUUUUUUUUGGAAGAGGACAUAUCGAAUCAAUGGCUGACGAAUUUGGGAAAGCCGUGGAGGAUGGUCUCAGGCUCGCAAAGAGGUUAUACUUCGGCAAGGACAGGGCCGUGGCGCCGCCUAAGCCGCUUCUUUCAAUGGAGAGAUCCGUCGAUGACUACCUGCCAAAGGCGCCUAUGGUUUACGCUGUGAUUUUUGAUCCAGCUAUUGUGGAUAAUCCAGAUAUGGCGAGUUACCAGCCUCACGUGCACGGGAGGUGUGAUCCGCCUGCGCUCAUACCGCUCCAGAUGAACCGGAUAGAACUCGAGGCCGAUUCUUAUUUGGAUUCUGUUAUUGUUCGUUUAAGCGGAUCCUGGCGGGUCCAUUGCGUUAUGGGCAGCAAAAGCUCUGAUUGCCGUAUAGCAAUUCCAAUGGGCGAGCAGGUCUUGAGGUGGAUGUUCCUAGAAAGUCUUACUGUACUGAACUGAUUGCAAUGGAGAAUAAAAAGGAUAUGGAAAAGGAAUGCCGACUUGAAAAUGGAGGCUUUUUGACUCCCCAUAUAUUUACCUUCACAAUACCAAAAGUUGAUGGGGGCUCCAGUCUUUCUAUUAAUGUUACCUGGAUUCAGAAAUUAUCCUAUCGCAAUGGGGAGUUCUCCUUGAAUGUGCCAUUUAGUUUUCCUGAGUACGUAACUCCUGCUGUAAAGAAACUACCCAAAAAAGAAAGGAUACAAUUUAAUGUGAACUCUGGUACUGGAAGUGAAAUUGUUUGUAAGACGACUAGUCAUCCUCUGAAGCAAUUCAAACGAGAAGCAGGGAAAAUGGGUUUCUUGUAUGAAGCAGAUGUUCUCACUUGGACAAAUGUUGACUUUGCUGUCUCAUAUUCUGUUUCUUCAAAUCAUAUAUUUGGUGGUGUGAUUUUGCAAUCCCCAUCUGCCCUCGAUGCUGAUCAAAGAGAAAUGUUUUGCGUCUAUGUUUCUCCAGGAGAUGAGCCAAGCGGGAAGGUAUUCAGAAAAGAGAUAGUAUUUGUUGUUGAUAUAAGUGGAAGCAUGGAAGGAAAGCCGCUUGAGGGUACAAAGAAUUCAAUAUCAGGAGCUCUCGCCCAGCUUGGUUCAAAAGAUUCAUUCAAUAUUAUAGCUUUUAAUGGAGAGACGUAUUUAUUUUCUUCAUCAAUGGAGUUGGCCACGGAGGAAACAGUGGAAAAGGCUGUUGAGUGGAUGAAUGUAAACUUUAUUGCAGGGGGAAGUACAAAUAUCUUGCUUCCCCUAAAUCAGGCAAUGGAGAUGGUAUCAAAUACUCAUGCUUCAUUUCCUGUCAUUUUCCUUGUCACUGAUGGGUCUGUUGACAAUGAAAGACACAUCUGUGACUUAAUGACAAAUCACCUAACUGGAAGAGGAUCAAUAUGUCCACGUAUUUACACUUUUGGCAUAGGUACAUACUGCAAUCAUCAUUUCCUGUGCAUGCUUGCAAUGAUUAGCAGGGGCCAAUAUGAUGCUGCUUACAGUGUAGAUUCAGUUCAGUCUCGACUGCAAAAGUUUUUCAGCAAAGGCCUAUCACCUGUUCUUGCAAACAUAACGCUCGACACAUUUGAUGAUCUUGAUGAAGUUGAGGUGUACCCUUCCCGUAUUCCAGAUCUUUCAUCAGAAAGUCUCUUGAUUAUUUCUGGGAGAUAUAGAGGAAACUUCCCAGAAAAUCUUAAAGCUAAAGGCGCUUUAGGAGACCUGAGUAAUUUUGUCAUAGACUUGAAAAUACACAAGGAAAAAGACAUGCCUUUUGAGCGGAUUUUUGCAAAGCAACAGAUUGAUCUACUCACAGCCCAGGCAUGGUUUUCAGAAAACAAGAGGCUUGAGGAGAAGGUUGUCAAAAUGAGCAUACAAACUGGCGUUUUCUCUGAAUACACUCGUUUGACAUUGCUUGAGACUCAGAGAGGGAAUCAAGCCACGGAUUCACCCAGCACACGUACGUUAUUGCACAAAGGUGAUUCUUCAAAGGUGGACUCUCAAGGCCGGAAAAGAAUAUUACUGCAAAACCUGGGAGUUGGCUUUGGGAAUUUGGCUGCAACUGCUGAAAACAUUCCUCCUGGAAUUGAAGAACCGAAGUUGCCUGAGGCUGCUGAAAUCAUCAUUAAGGCAGCUUCAAAUUGUUGUGGCAGGAUAUGUAGUCAUUGCUGUUGUAUGUGCUGCAUCCAGUGUUGCUCCAAGAUAAAUGACCAAUGUGCAAUAGUAUUAACACAGUUCUGCGCUGCUCUUGCAUGUUUUGGCUGCCUACAGUGCUGUUCAGAUCUGUGUUGUUGUGGAAAUGAAGGACAAUAAGCAAUUGAUCACAAUGAGUUUCAUUAAACACUGUAUAUUAAAGGGUAUAGAAUAGAGAAUUGUUUAAAGCACUAUCCCUUAUCCAUUCAUUCUGCCCCAAAACGGCAUAUUGUACAAUAAUUAACUUAUUCAUGGCUAACUCAAAGCCUAUUGCUGUAAUAGUUCCUGCAACUUCGUUGUAUACUAGACUGUGAUGAUAGUGAUUGUUCAAUGUACUUCACAAGUGAAAACUGAGACACUUGAAUGGAUUCAAGCUGAGAAUGAUCUAUCAUGCCAUGAAUGUGUCAAAGACAGUUCGAUUUUCA